AUGCGCAACCUGAGGAGUGUGCGCCUACAGGAGACGCAGGUUCGCGGCGAGCUACCACUGACCGCUACUGCGUGGGAUACCUCUUCUGACUCUGUGGUGUGCACUUUUGGUCCAUCUGAACACAGCCCAGUCAUCGAGUUGAGAAGGAAACGCCCUGAAGUUGUCUCGACAGAUCCCUUAAGCCCCGCUGCAUUCGAGUGUAUUGCAUCCUGGGAUGCGCCAUGUCCCCUGCCCGAUUUGGCCUGUGAUAGAGUUCUCUCUCUGCAUUACUUUGCUGACAACCUGAGUGCGUGUCUGGUACUAGAGGGUGGUGACAUUAUCAUUGUGCGCGAGGAACCUCUUCCAGGAGAAGACAAAAUUGAGAUUCUAGGAUCGGUUGAUGUCGGGAUCACGGCAGCUGCUUGGUCGCCAGAUGAAGAGCUUUUGGCAAUCACUACCAGAGCUAAAACGUUCUUAUACAUGACUAGAGAGUUCGAGAAUGUGGCCGAAAUCACCUUCAGCCAAGCCGACCUGCAAGCAUCCCAGCAUGUCUCAGUUGGAUGGGGUAAAAAGGAGACCCAAUUUCACGGUAAAAGAGCCAAGGCUCUUCGUGAUCCCACCGUGCCUGAAAAGAUCGACCAAGGAAAGCUAAGCAGCCAUGAUGAUGGUAGUACCACAAUAAGCUGGCGUGGAGAUGGUGCCUAUGUUGCUGUCAACACGAUCGAUGAAGAUAUUCGACGAGUCAUCAGGGUGUACUCAAGAGAAGGUGCCCUGGAUAGCGUGAGUGAGCCUGUGGAUGGGCUUGAAGGCGCUCUUAGUUGGCGUCCCUCGGGAAACCUCAUUGCUGGCAUCCAACGCCUUGAAAAUAGGAUUGACGUUGUGUUCUUCGAAAGAAAUGGUCUGCGCCAUGGCCAGUUCACCCUUCGUCUAUCCGAGGAAGAACGACAGACAUGGGCUUCUCGCAUUCAUUUAUCUUGGAAUAUCGACUCGACCGUUCUGGCUGUCCGAUUCACGGACAGGGUUCAACUUUGGACGACGGGAAACUACCACUACUAUUUAAAACAAGAAAUCCCUAUUCUUGUUGACGCACAGUCUACAGUCCCCUUCUCAUUUAAGUGGCACCAAGAAAAAGCGUUGCGAGUUGUCGCAGGGUCCUCAGGUUCCAUACUGGAUAUGGACUAUGUGUUUGAUACUAACCACGGCUCAACUGCCGUUCCAGAUGAUGUUGGUGCCGUAGCAGUCAUCGACGGAAAAACGUUGAAACUUACUCCGCUCCGGCUGGCUGGUGUGCCUCCUCCCAUGGCCCAUAACGAGCUGAAGCUGGAUUCGAAUGUCGUGGACGUGGCUUUCAGCAAAACGGGCACUAGGAUCGCGGUUCUUCUGCAAAAGAGCUUUUCGGUUUUCCUUUGGUCUCUGAAGAGCCGCCCUGUCCCCGCUCCAAUCCUCGAAUCAAGCUAUCCUCUGUCAGAAAUGCCAACCAGUCGCCCGAGACAGAUUGCAUUUUUGGAAGACCAUGAGGUGUAUGUGCUCAAGGACAGCGCCCCAAAUACCAGCAGUAUUGAACGAACCACAUUGGAAAACCGGGAAACCCAAAUUGUUUACCAAGCUGGAGAAUUAGAGCAGCUCUCUUCGAUUUUUGCCGGAAUCGGCCAUCACGGCUUAUGGUUUUCCAGUGCGCGUGAGCCCGGAUACCCUGUGACGUACUCAAGCAUCAAUUUGGUUGAAGGCCAGGAAAACAACGUCAGUACUUGGACCGAGGGUCCUCCUAUUGAUACUCACUGGGCCCGUGCGGUUUCAAUCUCAAAUGAUGAGCGAGUUCUGAUCACCUUGACGAGAUCCGGAGGCUUGUUUGCAAACAAACGAGUUAUUGCCAAGAACUGCACCUCAUUUUUGGUAACUCCGGCACAUCUUCUUUACACAACCUCUCAGCAUUUGCUAAAGUUUGUGCACUUGAACCGCGUCGAAGAUAUGGAGAUACCAGAGGAUACCCCUGAGACAGAUGAGCGGUGCCGAAGCAUCGAGCGUGGAUCAAAACUAGUGUCUGUUAUUCCCUCGAUCUUCGGCGUCGUUUUACAAGCUCCUCGAGGAAACAUUGAAACGAUCUAUCCUCGAGCAUUGGUUUUGGCUGGGAUCCGUACUUUUAUUGACCAGAAAAAGUACCGGUCCGCAUUCAACGCCUGUCGUAGCCAGAUGGUUGACAUGAAUAUCCUACACGACUACGCUCCGCAGCAAUUCAUGGAAAAUGUCGCCCUCUUCAUCGACCAAGUGAAGAAGGUUGAUUUUAUUGACGAUUUUCUCUCUCGCUUAAGUGAGGAUGAUGUUUCACAGACUCUGUACAAAGACACUCUGAAGAUCUCCAAGAAUCAAUCUGCUGCUGUUGCUCAGCCUGAUCCUCAGAUCCCCGGUGGCAAGACCACCAAGGGGAGCAAGGUCAAUACGAUCUGCGAUGCAUUCUUAGCAGUUCUUCAAAAUCGACUGGAUACCAACUUGCAAAAUCUCAUCACGGCACACGUCUGCAAGUCACCUCCUGAUUUGGAAGCUGGAUUAGGGCUGGCCGCUCGCUUACGUGGCGAUACCCCUGAACAAGCCGAGGAUGCAAUUGAACAUAUGUGCUUUCUGACUGACGCUAAUCGUCUUUAUUCUCAUUCACUCGGUCUCUAUGACCUUGAGCUCACUCUCCUGGUUGCACAGCAGGCACAAAUGGAUCCGCGAGAGUAUCUCCCAUUCCUCAGGAAGCUGCAGCAGCUACCUGAACUUCGACGUCGGUUUGAGAUCGAUAAUCAUCUAUCACGCUUCCAUAAAGCUUUGAAGCAUCUCCACGCGCUUGGUGCCCAUGAUGAGAUUCUAGCCUACGUUACCAGACAUGUGCUAUUCAAAGAGGCCCUUGAAAUUUACCGGUACGAAGCAGAGCAACAAAAAGAGAUCACUCGUCUCUAUGCAGACUAUCUCCAAGACCACUCCAAGCAUAAGGAUGCCGCCAUUGCGUAUGAGUCCCUUGCGGUAUAUGAAGAGGCAUACAAGUGCUACAAUCGCGCGCACAUGUGGCGCGAGGCUCUGUACUGCGCAAUGAUGGCGUCCAUACCCGAAGAAGAGCUUGUCAUGUUCAUUAAUGAACUCGCGACGACGCUAGUCGAUGAGACCCGCGACUACGUCUCUGCGGCAACCAUCUACGCCGAGCACUUGCACGACAUUGACACCGCGGCACGACUGCUAUGCCGGGGCUCGAAGUUUGCGGACGCAGCGCGCCUGCUAACACUCCACGGCAAGAAGGAUCGGGUGGAAGAAAUUGUGGACUCGGGUUUGGCAGAGGCUAUGGGCUCCAUGACGGAUCUUCUUGCCGAUUGCAAGUCUCAAUUGAAUGCCCAAGUCCCUCGAGUCAGAGAGCUGCGCCAACUUCGCGCCGCGGAUCCCCUAGCCUUCUUUGGAGGGGACCCCACUGGGGGCGAAGGUGGUGUCGAUAUUCCUGAUAAUGUCUCCCUCGCUCCCACCGACGCAUCGACGCUAGCUGGGAGAACGAUGUUUACGCGGUACACCGGCAAGACGGGCAUGUCGCAUCAAACCUCGCGUACGCGUCGGCGUGAAGAGCGAAAGCGCGCGCGGGGUAAGAAGGGUACAGUCUACGAAGAGGAGUAUCUGGUCAACAGUAUUCGGCGUCUCAUUGAACGGGUCAACUCUUCUGUGGCCGAAGCCGAGGCCCUGGUGGAUGCACUGUUGCGGCGAGGUAUGCGCGAGCGCGCAGCGGCUGUUGAGAAGGCAUUAGAGGAGGUGGUGAAAAUGUGCUCGGAUUGCCGUGACGAGGUGUUCGAAGUUCCGGAUGAGGCAGAUAAGGGUGAUGCGAAUGAUGAUGAAGACCGGGAAGGUCUUCAAGUUACAGCCGGCACUCGUGUGCUUGAGGAGAGUAUUGCGGCCCUCACUGGCGGUGGUGGACGCGCUAAAGAAGCCCCUGUAGUCAAAGGACUGAACAAGUCCUCAUUGCUCGCAUAG